AUGGAGGAAUCGUUUACCAGAUCCCACCUAGGAGCUGAUAACCAGGAGAUCCCUUCGCAGGUCUACGGAUAUCGCCCUUACCUACUCGCCGUCUCGGCUGCAUGGGCCUCAGCUAUGUAUGGUUAUGAUUCGGCUUUUAUCGGCGGAACACUGAGUCUUCCGUCCUUCAAGCACGCAUUCGGCCUCGACACUGUCACAUCUGCUGAAUUAACGGCCCUGUCGUCGAACAUAGUGUCCACGUUCCAGAGUGGUGCUUUCUUCGGCUGCAUGGUGGGUUUCUUCACCGCUGAACGCUUCGGACGGAAACCCAUCAUCAUAGCCUCAGGUGCAGUCUUCAUUAUCGGAGUCAUUUUGCAAAUUAUUGGCAUGCUUGGGCUUCUAUACGCCGGUCGUGCUCUCACAGGCUUAGCAAUCGGCGCUAGCAGUACUCUUCUACCAAUUUAUAUUGCCGAGUGCUCACCAGCGCUGAUCCGCGGCCGCCUGGUGGGAAUUUUCGAGAUCAUGCUGCAGAUUGCUUUGGUCUUUGGCUUCUGGGUGAACUAUGGUGUGAACCAGAAUAUCUCAUCAGAAGGCAACUUGCAGUGGCAUAUCCCAGUCGCCGUCCAGUUCAUUCCUGCUGGACUUCUACUCAUUUCCAUGCCAUUCAUCAUCGAAUCGCCGCGAUGGCUGGUUUCCGUGAACCGGAUGGAAAAAGCACGGAAGGCUUUGUCAUGGGUUCGAAAUCUGCCCCAGGACCAUGCAUACAUCGACCGCGAGCUAGGAGAGAUCCAAGCUUCUGUCAAUCACGAGCUUGAGCUAUCUGGUGGCCGCCGGUCUACGACUCAGAUUUUCCGCGAGCUUAUUGCACCCGGCAUUCGAGGGAGGGUGGCCGUAAGCGUCCUUCUCAUGCUGCUCCAAAACCUGACUGGUAUCAAUGCCAUCAACUACUAUUCUCCUACGAUACUUAAGUCCAUCGGGUUUUCGGGAACAAGUGUUAAUCUACUCGCUACCGGCGUGUAUGGUCUGAUCAAGAUGUUGACGACGGUCGUUUUUAUGGUCUUCAUUGUAGAUCGCUUCGGUCGUCGACUACCCUUACUUUUUGGUGCAGCAGGAGCCAUGAUUGCCAUGUUUUAUCUUGCAGCUUACUCCUCACUCUCGGGCUCAUUCAAGGGGACCCCACCGCCUGACUCCGGAAGUCGAACUGCUCUCGCAAUGAUUUACAUUUACGCCAUUUUUUACGGGUUUUCCUGGAAUGGCAUCCCCUGGAUCUUCGCUUCCGAGGUCCUUCCGAACCGUGUCCGUACUUUGGGCAUGAUGUGUGCCGUGUGCAUGCAGUGGCUGGCUCAGUUCAUUGUGGUGUACAGCUUACCUUACAUGGUAGCGCGGAUAACUUAUGGAACCUUCAUUUUCUUUGGCUCUUGCACGAUCAUGGCCUUUUUGUUCGCCUUUUUAUUUGUCCCUGAAACGAAAGGUGUACCACUAGAGGACAUGGACAUCAUCUUUGGAGUGGGUGCACCUGUGUUUGCUAUUCCUGCUCGAAAGAGGUAUGAGGAGUCCAGGGCAGCUGGGCUCGGAGUUUUGCAAAUGAGAGAAUUUGAGAAAGCUGGAACGGAGCAUGUCGAGAUUGGGACCCCGUAG